ACGUUUUCAUGCAUUUCCAUCUAUUUCUUUUCCCUUUCUUUGUUCUUUAUGUCACACUAAAUAAACGUAGUUCCAUUGCACACCUUCUAAUCCAUAGUUUCAAUUCUCUGUAAGAGCAAUAAACCAUGGCGUUAUUGGACUUAAUUCACAUAUUUCUCAACUUAGUAGCUCCUCCAUUUACUUUCUUCAGCUUGUUGUUUUUCUUGCCACCCUAUCAAUUUUUCAAGUGGUUCCUUUCAAUCUUAGGCACUUUUUUUAGUGAGGAUGUUGCUGGUAAGGUUGUCAUCAUCACAGGAGCUUCUUCUGGCAUCGGCGAGUAUUUGGCAUAUGAAUAUGCCAGACGAGGUGCAUGCUUAACUAUUGCAGCGAGAAGAGAGAAGAGUCUACGUGAAGUAGCUGAAAGGGCACUUGAUCUUGGCUCCCCUGAUGUUUUAGUCGUUCCAGCUGAUGUUUCAAAAGUUGAAGACUGUAAAAGGAUUGUUGAUAAAACCAUGAGCCAUUUUGGACGAUUGGACCAUCUGGUUAAUAAUGCUGGAGUUACGGCAGUUUCUAUGUUUGAUGAAACAGAAGAGAUCACUAACUUUAGAUCUGUCAUGGACAUUAACUUCUGGGGUUCGGUUUACAUGACGCGAUUUGCGGUUCCCUAUUUGAGAUAUAGUGAAGGUAGAAUUAUUGUGCUAUCUUCUUCAGCUUCUUGGGUGCCUACUCCAAGAUUGAGCCUUUAUUGUGCGAGCAAAGCAGCAAUGGCACAAUUUUUCGAUACGUUGAGGGUUGAAUUCGGACAGGAUAUCAAGAUAACAUUGGUCACACCUGGCUACGUUGAAUCAGAAAUGACACAAGGGAAAUUCAUGGACAAGACCGGCAAAGUGGUUGUUAAUCGUCAAAUGAGAGAUGUUCAAGUGGGCAUAACCCCAGUAGUCAAAGUAGAAGAAUGUGCGAAAGCCAUUGUUAAUGGUGCUUGUCGCGGAGAGAGAUAUAUUACUGUGCCAUCUUGGUUCAGGGUCACCUACUUGUGGAAGGUUUUCUGCCCAGAAGUUGUUGACUGGAUUUUGAGGUUGUUGUGCCUUACCGGCUCGAGAACUUCGCCAGAGGAUGCUCUUAGCAAGAUAAUAUUGGAUUACACUCGUGUUCAAAAAGUCUUGUACCCAGAAAAUAUCCGCGAGCUGGAACCUAAGACCAAGUGAUGCCAAUGGAUUGAUGUUCAGAAGCUAUAAGUUGGCAGUCUACAGUCUGCUUUCUCUGUUACGAAAAUUUGGCCAAGUGAGACUUUUAGUUUGGAGUAUUGUAAUUAUCAAUCAAAGAAUAUUUGUAUAUUGGUUGCUUUAAUUAAAAGGUUGACCCAAAAUGAAAAUGAUCUUUUAAGA